UUGAAUUAUUGUUCAUGAUUUGUAAACGACUUCGAUAAUCGUCAUGGCUCGUACAGUAGCUUUUCUUCUCCUGCUCGUUAUAGGACUCGUUUACGGCAAGAAACUCGUUGUUACAGCUACGCAGUCCGCGCCAGGACAUGAGCAAAACUGCGGACCCAACGAAGUGUUCAAUAGCUGUGGAUCCCAGUGCGUGGACACCUGCGAGAAGCCAGCACCUCCUGUCUGUACUCUGGAAUGUGUGAUAGGUUGUGAAUGUAAAUCAGGCUACGUGAGGAACAAACUCAAUCAGUGCGUCCUGACCAAAGAUUGUUAAAUGGAUGAUGAAAUUGAUCAACGAAAAUGUUGUCAUACUAGAAGUAUGACGAACAAAAAUAUUAUAAUCCAACGAAAUAAUUACCAUCGGCGAUUUUUUGGCCAAAGUGUUUAAGGAUUUUUUGUUACAAAACUGAAGAUAUUUUUCUUAGCAGGAUUAGAAAUCGUGUGAUAACACGUAGAAUUAUUUGAUUUCGAUACCUCGCACACCGAGAUGUCAUAUUUAUGA